AUGGUUAAGCUUGGUGAGUUCUUGUGCCAAAGACUGAAGGAGGCUGGUUGUGACGAUGUGUUUGGUGUGCCUGGUGACUUCAACUUGGGUCUAUUUAAUUACAUCGUGGCUUCCGAGUUGAAUUACGUGGGUUGUUGCAACGAGUUGAACAGUGCGUAUGCGGCUGAUGGGUACGCGCGAGUCAAGGGUCUUGGUUGUUGCGCGACUACGUACGCCGUUGGUGAGUUGUCGGCUGUGAAUGGCAUUGCCGGUGCCUUUGCUGAGUCGGUACCGGUGGUGAAGAUUGUGGGUGGCCCAAUGAGGAAGCACUUUAAGGAGAUGCCGCUGUUGCACCACACACUGGGUGAUUACAUGACGCCUUACAAGAUGUACGAGCCGAUUACCGUGGAUCAGUGUGUGUUGAAUGAUCCUCGGUUUGCGGCGCGAGACAUUGACCGUGUUUUGACGAACUGUCUUUUAUAUAAGCGUCCUGUGUACAUUCUGGUCCCGAGUGACAUGCCUGACAUGGAGAUUGACACGACCGACGUGGGCGAGUGGAAGACGCCUGUCGAGCCGGCUUCAGAGCCUUCGGUCCUUGAGGAGGCGUUGGAGGAAGUUGUUGAGCGGCUGCGCAAGGCCAAACACCCCGUCUUUGUGCCUGGUGUCGAACUCAUUCGUCGUGGCCUUCAAGAUUACUUCCAGCAACUGACGACCAAAUCACACAUCCCCUAUGCAACCAUGUUGUUGUCAAAAGGAUUGAUCAGCGAGACACAUCCCAACUUCAUGGGACUGUACAUGGGCCAGCGCUCCUUGCCUGAGGUACGGGAAGCCAUUGCCAACUCCGAUUGUGUGGUGAUCAUCGGUGAGAAGCUGACCGACUUUAACACUGGCGGGUUCACUUCGGAUUUCAAUCCGAAGUCACGCAUCAUCAUCAACUACGACAACGUGUCCGUCUCCAGCCACAGCUACAACCAAGUUUACAUUGGCGAGUUCCUGCGUCGUCUGGUCGAGAUGGUACCCGUGUUCCCCGACCCGGCGUACGAAUACCCCCGCGCGAAGUACGGAUGCCCCAACCGACGCGACUCCGUGAUCUCCAAGGUCGACGAAGCCAAGUUGGACAUGCGCUACAUCUUUAAGAAGCUCGCCAAGAUCCUGCCUGAGAAGUGCAUCCUAAUAGCCGAGACCGGCGCUUCUAUGUUCUCAGCCGCAGAGACCAUGUUGCCAGACGGAGGCACGUACAUUGGUCAGACCUUCUAUGGCUCCAUAGGCUACACCGUAGGCUCUUGCCUCGGAGCGUGCAUUGCUCUCCGCGAAAAGGGCGACCCCAGUAGACGUGUUGUGCUCUCUGUUGGAGACGGAUCCUUCCAGCUAACUGCGCAGGAAGUCUCAACUAUGAUCAGGUACAACUGUAACCCGGUCAUCCUCCUGAUCAACAACGAUGGCUACACUAUCGAACGAGUCAUUACCGACAACAUCUACAACGACAUACAAAUGUGGGACUACGCCUCUCUCCCCAAAAUCUUCGGCGGAAAACAAGGCAUCAAGGCAACCACCCACGGCGAAUUCGAUCAAGCCCUUAGCCACGCCACCAGCAACCCCGAUGACCUCGUCUUCAUUGAGGCCGUCAUUGGAAGACUCGACUGCAACAGACUACUCAAGUGUGCCGGAAGAAUGAUGGCUAUGAACAACAAACUGCAACCCUCCAUCACAGAAGAAAUGCUCGAGAAAGAACAACUUUAA